UACGCAUGCGCCGAACCUCUCCACAAUCUAGGGAUGCGUUUGUCUUCAUAAAACGUUUCAGAUGAAGAGCCCCCUCCAUAUUUGUUGCAUGAAUGCAGCCCCUCAUCUUUAGUCUGCUCUCCUGAGUGUGAUGGAAUCCACCGACGAGGUCACGGUGUCCGUGGGCAACGUAGUGAUGGUGAAGGCUGACGGUGGGGGUGACUGUGAUGACCCCAAUAAGACUCAGGUCAUCCUCCAGCUCCAGCCAAUCACUGCUGGAGACGAGUCUGCUGAAACAGAUGCAGCCGUCAUGGCGGUCGAAGCUCCAUCAGAGCAAACGGAGGGCGAUGAUGUUGAGAUCGGCUGUCCCAUCACAUGUGGCGACUGUAAAGCUGUGCUGCUGGUCAAGAAGUUUGUGUGUCCUGGAAUCAAUGUGAAAUGUGUGAAGUAUGAAGACCAGCUGAUCAGUCCCAAGCAGUUUGUACACAUCUCUGGAAAAGCCACUCUGAAAGACUGGAAGAGAGCCAUCAGGAUGGGCGGAGUCAUGCUGCGAAAAAUGAUGGAUUCAGGCCAGCUGGACUUCUACCAGCACAGCACGCUGUGCACCAACACGUGUCGCAGCACCAAGUUUGACCUUUUAAUCAACAACACUCGCUUCCCUCCAGGCAGCAGUGGGCUCAGCACGCCCACGUCCUCUCAGGCAGCGCAGGUGGUCCUGGGUAACGGCAGGGCAGCGGGUGAGGAUCGAGCCGAGGUUCUGAGCGGGAAGUUGGACUGGAUCUCGAGCUCGCUGGAUUCUGGAGACAAGAAGGGAUUCAGCGAGAUCUCAGAGGACACGCUGAACUUCUGGAAGGGCAUCGCUGAUGUGGGUUUACUGAGCGAGGUGGUGACCAACAUCAACACAGAGCUGGUGCAGCUGCUGAACGGGGUCCUGCAGCACAGAGAGCAGCCAGUCCUACAGGACACAGAUUCCUGUCUGAUAGAGGUGGCGGUCCUCAGUAAUCUGGCUCAAGUCUUUGGCCUACUGGACUCUGUCAAGAAGAUUCUGGAGAAAAGGAAGCAGCAGACGGAUCCCAGCCAGGAGCAGAUCCUCAGCACGCUGGCCAACCUGGAAGUCCAGUUGGAGGAGCAGAAGAAGCAGCAACAGGUUCGAGCUCUUCUUUCCUGCCCGCAGAGCAGCAAAAACAAAACUCCCAACAAGCGACCAACCAAGAGGCCUCGUCUUCAGAGGCCCGCCUCCACCACCACCCUCCUGACGUCCCCCAUCAACCAGCAGGCUGCCCUGCAGCCACAGCAGUUCACCGUCCUCUCCCCCAUCUCACUGUCCUCCGUGGGCCAGCCGUUCACCGUGGCGGGGCUGCCCAUCGUCUCCCUGGCUCAGUCCUCCAACACCGUCACCCUCCUCCCCGCCGGCUCGCAGCUCUUCACCCGCUACAUGGUCGCCGGAGACGGGAAGGCGGACACCAUCACCUUGCACCCGUCGUCCGGCCUCACCCUGGUGGGCGCCACCACUGUGCAGGACUCCAGCCAGCUGGUGAGCCCCGUGGAGCUGAUGCAGCUGAGCCAGCAGGGCGGCGGUGCGGAGGUGGUGCCCAUCGAUGGCCAGAUGGUGGACGGCACCAUGCUGGUGCAGCAGGAGGUGAUGCAAGGAGAGGUGGAGGCUGGCCAGGAGCACACAGUCAUCGAGAUCAACCCCACCCCCGUAGAACAGGCGGUGGGAGUGAUGGAGCUGCAGCUGACCGAGGGGUCGGGCAGAGACGGGGCCACCAUGGUGGUCCAGAGCGGGAUGGAGGGGACGAUGGCGGAGGAGACGCAGUGCCAAAUGCAGGAGGUGCAGACUGAAGGGGUCCAGGGGCUGCAGCUGGACGCCAGCGGGCAGCUGUCGGGGGUUCGGAUCGUGGUGAUCGAGGAAAAUACUCAGGACGAAAAUAAAGUCAAAUGAAGGCCAUUUUAACCCCCCCACCCCCCGGCACAGCAGGCAGAAACUCGCUCAUCAGACUGUAAAUACACAGGAAUAACAAACCGCUGGAACCGAAGACCAAGCAACUACAGCGGCCAUGUUUUUCCUCAUCGCUGUGUUUGUUCAGUUUGUUCAUCGCAGCAAAGGCCAUCAGAGCAAAGAGCAACUUAGUUUAGUCUGAAGGUCGGUUCUGGUUUAUCACAACUUUAGUUCUUCAUUUUCUCUGGCUUCCGCCCAUCUAACCCCGUCCUAAACAUGCACUGCUAGCUAUAAGAUGACCCCAAAGGCUAAUAUUUAGCCAAAGGACACAUCAGAUCAGAGGAACAUUUACUGUAAUUAUCAGGUUUAACUCGCUGAUUCUUCAUGUUUAUUUCCACCCAAACGAUAAACAAAUAAACUCCUCUUCAUCUUGUCAGAAAUUGCUGCCACCUGUGUGUUUACAGCUUGGAGACAAGUGCAUAAAAAGCUUUCCUAUGGAGAUGGUCUCAUUCACCAUGGUGGAACACAUUUUAAGCUCUUUUACUUUUAAAAUCAAAUUAAAUAUCAGGUUAACCUGAUACAUGAAGCAGGAAAAAAAUGUUUGGAACUUAGAUUAAAAAUGGGGACAAAGUUGUUAUAAACCACAAGUUUCCUUCAAGCCGCUGUGAACAAACUGAAAACAAGACUGUAAAUGUUAGAGCGGACAUGUUUGGCUUUAACAUGGUGCUGAUGAUCCAUCAGUUCACCCCCGCUGCCCACCGGGCUCAUUACCAGUAACAGUGUUGGCAUUAAAAAGGCGGAUUAAUUGCACUGUUUGUCGUGUUGUAGUGGCACCCAAGCUGUGUUGUUUUUGCACUGUUUGAUGUUCUUUCAGGACAAUGGGGCGAAGCUAACAUUUCUUCUGAAGACUGACCCCCCUCUCUGGGCUUACCGAGGGUUCUUUUCUUUUUGUGCAAAGCUGAAUAGAAACGGACUGAACUCCUCACUGGAACUCACAUAUUCCCAGUGUCUGCUUGUGUUGCUUUUUUUUUCUAUCAUUAGAUAGCGUGAGCUAACGGGCUGUUUAUUUAAGUUAGGAUAUAAAAGAAAAUAUAUCCAUAAUGUCAAAUUUGCUUGUAUUUUACAUUUGUAAAGUAGUGACAUAUUUAUUAGUUGUAGAGGUGGGCCUGCUUCAAGGUGCAAACAUGGAUUAAAUUAAGCUCUUUGUUAUAGUUCACACCAACCUGUUCAAAACUUGUGCUUUUUCCAAUAAUUUAAUUUAACAAAUGAGGGGAUUUGCAUAUUCAAUUUGUAAUGUGUUUUAAUAUCAGAUUAAAACGAAGAAACAA